AUGUCGCCUUCUCCAGAAGGGCGGAAGAGGUCUCGACCUUCAGAUGCAGAUCAACGAGAUGUCAAACGCUCUAAGAAUGGUGGCGAGCUAGAAGGAAUGGAUGCAGGUUUGGAUGGUGAUGGUGAUGGUGAUGGUGAUGGUGAUGGUGAUGUUAAUUUGAAAAAGGAUGGUUUAAAUGGAAAAGGUCAAAUUUGGUUAAAAGAACAAAUGGGUAAAAUGGAGAAAUUGUACAAGGAAGUACUCGUACAAGCUGCCUUGAUAUUCCAGCAUCAAACAUUUUCCAAACGAUUAGGGUUAAAUCAGCAGAAAGUACCGACGCAUAUGAUGCAUAGACUAGAAAUUACUUGGAGAUCUUAUGAAGGUUUAAGAAGACAAACUGAAUGGUGUAUGAUACAAUCAGGUGAAAAAGUAUCCAAACUAGCAACCUUCAAGAAUACAUCUACAUUAUCGAUAGCAUCAAGUAAACCAUCUUCUACUUUAGAUGCUAUCACUAAGCUUGCCAAUUUAGCUUCGACCUCUACUACAACUUCAAUUGGAAGUGUAGUGUUCCCACCACCUAGAACAAUGGAUUUACCUACUCCCGUUAAUUUAUUGAUAGGAGGCGAAUACGUCCCAUUAGCUUCUCCACCUCCUUCUCUAAGCAAAUCAAAUAUAUUAGAAGGAUUGGAACAAAAGCCUAAUUUGGACAACCAGAAUCAAAUUCAGAAUGAAAAUGUGAUGACUACGCAGAUGGUAUCGCAAUUGCAACCAGAAAUUCAAACGCAAUUGCAGAUGCAACCUCAAUCGCAGAUACACAGUGAUAAUCAAGGAAUUGAUGAAUCGUCUUCAUCGUUCAUAUCGUCAAACAAUCCACAAUUAUCGACUCUAAAUCAGUCGGAUCAAUUUACACAAGCUCUCAACGGUCAUAACCAAAACCAGAAUCAGAAUCAGAAUCAAGGUAAUAACGAUAUUGAUUACUCAACACUUGGUUUAGCAGAAUUAACAGCAUUGAUCAAUGGAGAUUCGUUCGAAUCGUUGGCAGCUAUGAACCUACCUUCUAACAUACAACAGAAUAAUGGAUCAAUGAAUGCACAAAAUGGGAAUAUCACCCAAAAUCAAAACACUAAUCAGGUUCAAAACCAGAAUCAAGGUCAAAUGCAGAAUCAGAAUCAAGUCCAAAAUCAAGAUCAAAACCAAAACAACGAAAUUCUCGAUUCACUAGGAUUGAAUACAGGUAUCCAACCACAACCUCAAUCUUCCAUCUCGAUUCCGAAUGAACCACAACCACAAUCACAACAGUCGCAAGCGCAACCUCAAGCUCAAGCUCAGCACCAACCUCAACAAUCCAUUGGAUUUGAUUUUUCACAAGCUCUUAAUCCAUCUGACGGUGUAUUGAAUAAUACCGAUGGAUCUGGAGCAGAAGGAGAAACCGAUUUCUCUGCUUUGGCUGGAUUGUUCGCUGUUGAUAACUCCAACAAUAAUAACUUGAAUGAUUCACGACAAGAUCAAGCUCAGGAUCAAGCUCAGGAUCAGGGGAUUGACAGUAUACUCAAAGGGGGAAACGACCGCAGUGAUAUUACAAUGAAUGAUUCAAGUAGUGUAGGUCAACAAAUUGGUAACAAUAAUAACAAGAAUCCGGACACCCAAUCACAAGGUCAUAAUCAGAACGAGGAUUUGGCAGCUUUGUUAUCAUUCGGCCAGCCUUCUGAAUCCUCUCAAGCUAAUCAAGACUCUCAAAACCAAAUCAACUCUGAUUCGCAACUUACCACGAAUCAACCACAACAAUCUAGUGUAAAUCAACCAGAUGAAUCGAUUCAACCCCAAUCUCAAUCGCAAUUGGAUUCACAAGCUUCAUUCCCAUCCCAACCUCAGUCCCAAAUCACAUUCGACAAACAACCUGCAUUCCAAUCUCAACCUGAACCUCCAUCACAAAAUCAAAAUCAAAAUCAAAAUCAAAAUCAAACCCAAAGCCAAAGCCAAACUCCAUCUCAACCUCAAUCUCAGGCGCAACCACAAUCACAAGACUUCGAACAAUAUGGUGAUUUGGGUGCGAUCGAUAUGGCAGAUUUCAACUUCACAGAUGCAGGGAUCGAAGAUAUGGAUAUGGGUGGCGAUGAAUUUGAAAGAUUGAUGGCUCAAUUUGAGUAA